AUGCCCAUGACUUUGGGUUACUGGGACUUCUGUGGGGUGAGCAAGGGGUCCGCCUGUCAGCUGGCGCAUGCCAUCCGCCUGCUCCUGGAAUACACAGACUCAAACUAUGAGGAGAAAUACACGAUGGGGGACACUCCGGACUAUGACAUGAGCCAUUGGCUGAACGAGAAAUUCAGGCUGGGCCUGGACUUUCCCAGUCUGCCCUACUUAAUUGAUGGGCCUCACAAGAUCACCCAGAGCAAAGCCACCCUGCGCUACAUUGCCCGCAAACACAACCUGUGUGGGGAGACAGAAGAGGAGAAGAUCCGCGUGGACAUCCUGGAGAACCAGGUUAUGGAGUUUCGCAAUGAGCUGACCAGCAUGUGCUACAACCCUGAGUUUGUGAGUUUUCGGUGGGCUGGGCCAGGACAGGGUUUAGGUUGGGAGUCGGGACCCUUGCAUUCCCAACUCUGAUGCUCCUUUUUGCCAUUUGAACACCUUAGAACUAGGGAUCCUCCAAGGGUCCCCUAUAUUGCUGCUAGAGUGACCUUUGAAACCCUAAAGCUCAUCAAAUGAAAACCCUGAAUCGAUUCCCUGCAAUUUUAGGAUAAUGUCUAGGCUCUCCAUUGUGGAAACUGAGUUCCUAAACAAUAUGCUUCACUUGUUUUCCCAGUGACUUUUCCUUGAUACUCACAUAUAAUGGAUUCUCAUAUAUAAUGA